AUGAUAAACGAUUUACCUUUGCCAGAAUAAUUAAAUGAACCGCCUUUGCUAGAAUAAACAAAAGAGAAAAUCGAGAUUGCUUAAUUUUCUAAAAAGAGAUUCAUUUAAAUAACAAAGUAAUUCCUUUAUAUGAUGAAGAGUAUUGAAUCCUGUUCUAGAAAAUUUAUAUAAUCUUAUAGAGCCCUUUGUAACUUUAAAAAUGAAGGAAUCUAUUAACGAAAAAGAAGUUUAAGAAUACGAUUUAGGGUUCUAAAUUUAGCUAGUAAAUCUAAAAGAAAUAAUUAUAUAAUCUUUAGGAAUUGAAAUGGUCUUUGUCACUCCAAUAUCCAACUUAAAAACUCCUUAUUAAUUUGGUACAUUCAAGAUAUUUCACUAUUUGAUUAGUCUUUUGACUGAAUUCUAUCAAUUUGAAGAUGAAAAAUUAGACUAAUUAAUUAAAGAUUUCAAAUAGUAGAAUUAGGAUUUAUUUUAAUGUUGUAACCAAUUAGGGUUGAACUUUUUUGAAAAUGAAAAUUAAGAAAAGAUAAAGUAAUUCAUUAGCAAUUUGAAAGAUUUAUUUUAAAAUGAUUUCUUACAAAUAUUAAAAGAGAUUUUACAGAUUCUAUGUGCAAUUUUAAAAUUAAUUCACAUUGGUAUAUAGAAUAAUUGUGAAAAUAAAAAUUAAAAAGAAAAUUAAUAAUUAGAUGAAUAUUAAAAGGGUUCAUUAUCAAAUACAUCCGAAUAUGAUUAAUAAUCAGUUGAAAGCUAAAAGGGUGAAUAAUCAAAUUAAUCUAAAGACGAUCAAUCAUCAGUUUAAGCCUAAAAGGGUUCAGAAUAAGAUGAGCAAAGUGAUGUAAAAUAUAGUCAACCUUUUACAUAUAUUCCUGAUGAAGAUGAAGAAGAUGAUAGGAUAGAUAAUUUGGAAAUAAAUCCAUAAAGUGAUUAAAUCCACAUUUUAGAUACCAAAAAUUAGGAAAAAUUUAAGAAAGAAUAAUUAAUAGAAAUAUUUAAGAAUUUAUUAGAUGUGUAAAUAGAUGACCAAAACAAAUCCUUAAUCGAACAAUUGUUAGAUAAUUAUUCAGGAAAGGCAAGUAAUUUACUUCUAAAUUCUAAUAGAAUUAUUGGGUAGGCAUAGCAUCUUUAUCAAAAACUAAUAUAAUCCUUUUUCAUUUAGGUAGGAUUAUCUUUAUCCAAGAAAAUAAGAUAUGAUUAAGAAAUUAAUAAAGAAGGUUAAGCAACUUUUUUAAGAUUUCCUGAUUAAAUACUAGGAGGAAGUAAAGCAAGACCAUAUUAACCUAAUUGUUAUUUUAUUAAUCUCUACAGGGAUUUGAUGAAUUGUUAGUAUUAAAUCUAGAAUUACCUAAUUGAGAAGAAUAAAUAAAUUGAGAAGAAUGAAUAAAUUGAGAAGAAUGAAUAAAUUGAGAAGAAUGAAUAAAUUGAGAAGACGAAUGAAUAAAUUGAGAAGACGAAUGAAUAAUUGAAAGUUUUAGAAAACAAUACUAUAGAAUUAUAGAAAUUAAAUGAUUAAAAAAGUAUUAGAGAUUUUUUUAUGGAUGUUAAAAUGAAAAAUUUGGGUGAAAACCUACUUGUUUAAAUUAUUCAUAAAUCGAAUAAUAAUAACUAGAAUCCAUGUACUAUUUAUGAUUUUGAUUAAUUUUGCAAAGCUAAUCAUUAUGAUAUAGCAAAUAAUGAUAAAUAAAUAUUGAAGACUAGUAAACUAUAUUUGAUCAAUAAUUAACAUAAUCAAGAUAAUAUUGAAAAUUUGCCUUUAUAAAAAAGUUCUACAGCUAUAAGGGAACUUCUCUAAAAUUUCUAUAGUAUUUAGAAAUAUAAUUAGAAUUACAAUAACGUUUAUAAUUAUUAAAUUGAUAAUAAUUUAAUUAAUGCUAUGAAAACCUAUAUUAGAGAUAUAAAAAAUCAAGAAGUAUAAGAUAGGAGGAAUUAGAAUUAAAAUAAUGGCUUAUAUUAAGAUUAAAAUUUUGAAGGUAGUUCUUCAGAUGGAUCUUCUAGUAGUGGUAGUAAAUCUGAAAAUAUAUUAGAUUGA